AUGGCCGCCAAAAUCGAUUACAUGCCAGGAUACGCAGCCCGUAAACUUGUCUCACGAUGGCUUUUUGUCGUUCAACCAAAGCUAGCUUGCCAUAGAUUCUGUGUAAAUAGUCGCUCAUUUUCAACGCACAAGCUCACGGAUGAUGGCGCAUUACGAAUCAAUCCGGUGGGGAUUCAGUACUUAUCACCAGCCUUACAAUCGCAGGUAUUUCCUGGAAAACCUCAUAAACCACCUGAUUUGUAUGUGGAGCUUGCAAAGCUUCAUCUGCAAAAGCAUGAUCUCUUAGGUAGAGAGACUACAAAGUUACCAUCCUAUAAUUUUCGUCUUCCUGCUUUACAAGGGAAAACCCUAGGGGAACACUUUGAAGCCAUCGGUCACGAAUGUGCCGAACCUUAUCUCACAAACGCAAAGUCAUUUGGCCUUUCUUCUUUGCCUUCCAUCCCAAAAAACUGGCUUCAUCAAUCUGGAUGGACCAGAUACGGUUUCGAUGAUACCGUGGAACAAGUCCCUUAUCCUAAGGAAGCCAUGAUUGUUUUUGACGUUGAAGUUUUGUAUAAAGUUUCAGAUUUUGCUGUCCUUGCCGUUGCUGCAUCUCCCGAGGCAUGGUACUGCUGGCUGUCGCCGUGGCUGUUAGGCGAAACAGAGCAGGAUCGACACCUUAUUCCUCUACGACCAGAGGGACAUCUCAUUGUCGGUCAUCACAUCAGUUUUGACCGCCAAAGAAUUUUGCAGGAAUACAAUUUGAAACGGUCCAACAAUGCCUUCAUCGAUACCAUGUCGCUACACGUAGCUACAAAUGGAAUGUGUUCUCGACAAAAACCGACUUGGCUUAAGGCUAGAAAAGCUUUCAGACAAAGUGUGAUUAAUGAAGAUAACGGUUUGGACGAAAACUCUUCUCAGAUUGAGUCUAAUUAUCAUGAUUAUAUUGAACAGGAACCUUGGUUAAGACACAGCUCUGUCAAUUCUCUCAAAGACGUAGCAAAGUUUCAUUGUAAUAUCGAAAUGAAUAAAGACGUGCGUGAUAUAUUCUCUGAACUUGAUAAAGGGGUAAUUUUACAGCAUUUGGACGAGGCCAUCUCUUAUUGUGCUUCUGAUGUCCAUGCCACACAUAAAGUCUAUCAGAAGGUCUUUCCUCAAUUUCUUGAAGUUUGUCCACAUCCAGUAACAUUUGCAGCUAUGCUUCUCAUGACUACUAGCUUUCUGCCAGUAAAUAAAUCUUGGGAGCGUUAUAUCAAAAAUACUGAAGAUUGCUUCCAAAGCAUGUCUAAUGCAGUCCAAGAAAAACUUUCUUAUUAUGCUGAACAGACAAAGAAUUUACAGGAAGAUGAAAGCGUUGUUUCUAAAGAUCCAUGGUUGCGUCAACUAGAUUGGAGUCCUUGUAAGUUGUAUCGUAAGCCGGCUAAAUCAACUAUUAUACCUCCUGUUGUCCCAAAAUGGUACAAAGUAGUAUACGACAAAAAUUUACAGAAAGCGGUUGUUUCUGACAAGUCUCGUCUUGCACCUAUACUAUUGCGUUUACAGUGGGAAGGACAUCCUUUAGUGUGGUCACACGUUCAUGGUUGGGUUUUUGGAGUGGAAAAGAAGUCUCAAGAACAUAUUGACAACUUUGUGCGCCGUAAAUUCUUCCAUUGCAUAUGUGACCCACAAAAGGACCCGAAGUUGGAAGCUGAAAGUUAUGUAUACUUUAAGGUUCCACACAAAGAUGGCCCUGAAGCUAGGUGCGGUUCUCCUUUAUCUAAAACAUACCAAAGUUAUUUUGAAGAAGGGAUUCUUACCUCAAAAUUUGAAAUAGCGAAGAAAGCCUUAGAAAUGAGUACGUCGUGCUCUUAUUGGCGUAGUGCACGUGAUCGAAUUCAGUCUCAAAUGGUAAUUUGGGAAAAAGAUGCUGAUCUUGGACUUAAGUCUCAGCCCGAUGGCUUUGGGAUUAUUCUUCCAAGGAUUAUUCCCAUGGGUACUGUUACUAGGCGUGCUGUCGAGAAUACUUGGUUAACGGCCUCUAAUGCCAAAAAAAAUAGACUUGGUUCAGAGCUUAAAGCUAUGGUUCGUGCUCCUGAAGGAUAUACGUUCGUUGGUGCUGAUGUAGAUUCAGAAGAACUUUGGAUCGUGGCUGCUAUUGGUGACUCACAAUUUAGAUUACAUGGUGCUACUGCUCUUAGUUGGAUGACUUUGGAAGGUAAGAAAUCCGAAGGUACAGAUCUACACUCAAAAACUGCUGCAAUCUUAGGUGUGAGCAGAGAUGCUGCGAAAAUCUUUAAUUAUGGUCGCCUGUAUGGUGCUGGAUUGAAACAUACAGCUUUACUCUUAAAACAAUUUAAUUCUUCAUUGGACGAUACCCAGGCGGCUAACUUAGCUAAAGCCUUAUAUAAGUCUACCAAAGGUGUUCGCUCUGAAGUGAGUAAGCGUUUGCUUGCUAUGGGUAUACCAGAACACUAUUUUUGGUCAAAAGGAAGUGAAAGCUUCGUUUUUAACAAACUCGAAUCGAUGGCUCAAAUGCCUUUCCCCAGAACGCCCGUGCUGAACGCAGGAAUUACUCAAGCCUUAAGCACAAAGAACCUUAGUAAAAGUUCAUUCAUGACUUCUAGGGUAAAUUGGGCAAUCCAGUCAUCAGCUGUAGAUUAUUUGCAUUUACUCGUUGUUUCUAUGGAGCAUUUGACACGUAAGUACAAUUUGGAGGCUCGUUUAUCCUUGACGGUUCAUGAUGAAGUCCGCUAUUUCUCUUCAGUUAGAGACAGAUUCCGUGUUGCGCUCGCCUUACAGGUUGCCAAUUUGUGGACUAGAUCCUUCUUCUGUCAUCGAUUAGGGAUUGACGAAUUACCUCAGUCGGUUGCAUUUUUCUCUUCGGUUGAUGUUGAUCAUGUAUUAAGGAAGGAUGUUAAGAUGGACUGUGUGACGCCAUCUAAUCCGACACCUAUUCCACCUGGUAAAGAAUAUAAUAUAGAUGCCUUGCUUUGCCAGUUGACUGAAAACAAUCAAUAUUUGGAGCCACUUGAACGUCUAGAAGUCGAUAGUAUUUCAGAAGGUGAAAGUAUAUUAAAUAAGGAAGAGGAUUUAAAGGCUUUGGCAUACUUAAAAGCCCAAGCUUUUCAUUAA